GAAACUCUUAUUCCUCCACAUUUUCCCAAGUCAACACUACGCGUCUUCUGUGAACUUGUCAUAAUCCACGGCGAUAGUAGUCUCUUUUGCUCCGUUCUCGGCUCCCUCGACGAAUAGUAGAAUCUUUCCCAUCGCCUUUAUCUCACGGUUCACUACUGAAGACAAGUAUCACGCACACUCGAGUGUUCCCUGGGCUACUGAUGCUGCGCUCACAACUCGAGAACAACCAUUGGAUCUUCCAGACACUCAAAGGAAGAGAUAUAACUUGAGCCAACCGUCAAAGAUAUGGAAACCGCAAAGUAGCAUCAAAGUAGAAGAAUUUCUUUGCUCCCUUCUCUCCGUGACGAACCGUAAUGCCUCCGAAGAGAGAAAAAAAAGUGGAGUCCAAGCGAUUCCCCCGAACCCGUUCCGGCUCUCUCCACUAGAAAUACACAGAUCUUACCGAUCUUGUCCUCCAACUGGGGCCAUCAUCCAAUCUGAGAACCACGGAUCCGGUCCUCCGCCUCCAUUUUUUAGGUGGAGGCCAAUACGCUGCCAGGAACGACAAAAAAAGCUUGAGAUCUCCAUAUGGGACGCAUGUUCUGUUGGACAUGUGUGUAUCACCUGGCGAUUAAUCAGGCAACGAGAACUCGAUAGCAAUGACCCAAUGAGAUGAUGAGAAAAUUCCGCUCCUCCUAGAAGCCAACAUCUCCAUUUUCUUUCAAGGUAUUUAAGGGGUGCUACAUUGAGCUGGUUCUCAAUCGCCGAUAAAACAUGCCAAUGCUAACUCACCCCGCUAUCAAAUAUCGUCCCUAUAUCGACGUUCCCUUUCCUAAGGGUUACGUUCGCCAAUGGCCCACCAAGCGCACGACGGAGGCACCCAUCUGGCUCUCCACAGAUCUCCGCGACGGCAACCAGGCGCUGGUGAAUCCGAUGAACAACGCCACAAAACUAGAGUUUUUCAAGCUUCUUGUUCAGAUUGGCUUCAAACAAAUAGAAGUCGCUUAUCCUUCCGCUUCCGAGCUGGAAUACCAAUUCGUCCGGUCGCUCAUCGAGAAUAACGAGAUCCCGGAUGAUGUUUCCAUUCAGAUUAUCACCCCUGCCCGAGAGGAUUUGCUAACCAAAUCAAUCGCGUCCCUUGCUGGCGCAAAGCACGCUAUUAUUCACUUGUACAACGCGGUAUCCCCUGUCUUCCGUGAAGUCGUGUUCCGGAACACAAAAGAACAAACCAUCGAACUGACUCUCAACGCCAUCCGAAUUACCAAGAAACUGACUGAGGAAGAGACCGCACGAUCAGGCACCAAGUUCACUCUUAACUACUGCUUGGAAACAUUUUCUCAAACCGAACCCGAGUUUGCCGUGGAACUUGCCAACCGUGUACUCGAGGAAUGGGGCAAGGCCACACCAGAAGAUAAGGUCUACUUCAACCUCGCCGCAACCGUCGAGUGUGCGCCCAGCAAUCACUAUGCUGAUAUGGUCGAAUACUUCAGCAUGAACGUGAACCAACGAGACUCUGUUGUCCUUAGCAUCCAUCCUCAUAACGACAGAGGUACCGGCGUGGCCGCAGCUGAGCAUGGACUCCUUGCUGGAGGUACACGAAUCGAAGGAUGUCUCCUCGGUAACGGCGAACGCACAGGAAACGUUGAUCUCAUUACCCUUGCUCUGAACCUGUACACCCAAGGAGUAUCCCCUGGCCUCGAAUUCUCUGAUCUCCCCAAAGUUGUGGAAAUUGUCUCCCGGUGUUACGAUUACACCGUUCCUAUCCGUUAUCCAUAUGCCGGUGCUCUGGUAUUCUCUGCGUUUGCGGGUACUCACCAGGACGCUAUCAAAAAGGGCUUGGAUGCCCAGGAGAAGCGCUGGAAGGAGGUUGAUCGUACUGGUGAAGGAACCAAGUACUGGGCUAUGCCUUACAUCCCUCUUGACCCGAAGGAUAUCGGUUACGGCUAUGAGAACCUCAUUCGUGUCUCCAGCCAGAGCGGCAAAGCAGGUACAGCCUACGUCGUCAAACAAACCAUGCUCUUCGACAUGCCUCGUAGGAUGCAGGUGUCAUUCUACGGCGUCAUUCAGAACGCUUGCGAGAAGACGGGCAAGGAGAUGACCACAACUCUCAUCACGGAGACGUUCAAGCAGACUUACGGCUUGAGCUCCAAGCCGAUGGGUAGAUUGCAUUUACAGUCCUGCCAGAUAAUGCUCAUGUCUCCGUCGAGCCUUUCAGAUUCUUCAGAUGGUUCGGAUGGUGGUAGCAUCCUCAAGUUUGAGGCGCAAAUCGUCUGCGACAGCAGGUCGCGGGCUAUCACUGGCGAAGGGAAGGAUGUGAUUGAAGCUGUUAUGGAUGCCCUCCGCAGCGACCUCGACUUUGAUCUCUCCCUAGGUGAAAACUUCGACCAGACGCUCUCUGCUGAUAACAUGCCCCAACCCAAGCACGCUACCUUCCUCGAACUCUUUCAGUCAGGCAGUCAACCGUCCAAGUCAGGACUUGGAAGUACCUGGGGCACAGGUGUCUCGUCCGACCCUGCUAUCGCCAAGGCAAGGGCAGUCAUCAGUGCGGCGAAUGGUCUGGCAGGGGAUAGGAAGUUCCCUCGAGCGAAAAUGGUAUAUACCCCGAGAAGGGAACUUCUUCGAACUUCCAGCGACAUCUGGAGGGAUGUUGUUCUCAGGACUGGCCAUUCUGUCCCGCACACCCCCGACAGGGAAAUCAAUGUGUAUUCACUAGGAACUUCGACUUGA